CCUGGCAUGGGACCUCCUGGUUCAUAGGUUAAUGCACAACCCCUGAGCCACACCAGCCAGGCUACUACAGUUCUUAAGGCCCCAGCAAACCCACCGUCAGGAUGCCGCUGAGAACAGGCCUGAGCAUGCCACCUGACCCAUCUCUGUCUUCCCCUGUCCCCUGCACAGCUGCCACCAUGGCCCAGACCCUGCAGAUGGAGAUCCCGAACUUCGGCAACAGCAUUCUGGAGUGCCUGAAUGAGCAGCGGCUUCAGGGCCUGUACUGUGAUGUGUCAGUGGUGGUCAAAGGCCAUGCCUUCAAGGCCCACCGGGCCGUACUGGCUGCUAGCAGCUCCUACUUCCGGGACCUGUUCAACAGCAGCCGGAGCGCUGUGGUAGAGCUGCCGGCGGCUGUGCAGCCCCAGUCCUUCCAGCAAAUCCUCAGCUUCUGCUACACGGGCCGGCUGAGCAUGAAUAUGGGGGACCAGUUCUUGCUCAUGUACACGGCUGGCUUCCUGCAGAUCCAGGAGAUCAUGGAGAAGGGCACUGAGUUCUUCCUCAAGGUGAGCUCUCCCAGCUGCGACUCCCAGGGCCUACAUGCCGAGGAGGCUCCAUCUUCCGAGCCCCAGAGCCCUGUGGCUCAGACAUCAAGCUGGACGGCCUGCAGCACCCCGUUGCCCCUGGUAUCCCGUGUCAAGACAGAGCAGCAGGAGUCGGACUCCGUGCAGUGCACGCCUGUGGCCAAGCGGCUGUGGGACAGCAGCCAGAAGGAGGCCGGGGUUGGCGGCAGCAGUGGUGGCAAUGGUAGCCGAAAAAUGGCCAGGUUCUCCACAUUGGACCUGGCCGCCAACCGGCCACCUCAGCAGGCCUUGGCUGCUGCAGCGGCGGCGGCGGCGGCAGGGGGCGCCUUGGCUGCUGCAGCGGCGGCGGCGGCAGCAGGGGGCGUGGUGAGCGGGCCCAGCAUGUCCGAGCGGACCAGCCCUGGUACCUCGAGCGCCUAUACUAGUGACAGCCCAGGCUCCUAUCACAAUGAGGAGGACGAGGAGGAGGAUGCGGGCGAAGAGGGCACAGACGAGCAAUACCGGCAGAUCUGCAACAUGUACACCAUGUAUAGCAUGAUGAAUGUUGGCCAAACUGAGAAGGUGGAGGCCCUCCCUGAGCAGGUGACCCCUGAAUCCCGGAAUCGCAUCCGGGUACGGCAAGACUUGGCGUCUCUCCCAGCCGAGCUCAUCAACCAGAUCGGUAACCGCUGCCACCCCAAGCUCUAUGAUGAGGGCGACCCCUCUGAGAAGCUAGAGCUGGUGACAGGCACCAAUGUGUACAUCACGAGGGCACAGCUCAUGAACUGCCAUGUCAGCGCCGGCACCCGGCACAAGGUCCUGCUGCGGCGCCUCCUGGCUUCCUUCUUUGACCGGUGGGUGUGGUUUUUAAGGAUCGGAGCUGUCCACUCUCCCCGCACAGACUACUGCCAGAACUUUGCUCCGAACUUCAAGGAGAGCGAAAUGAAUGCCAUUGCGGCCGACAUGUGCACCAAUGCCCGCCGCGUCGUGCGGAAGAGCUGGAUUCCCAAGGGGAAGCCACCUGAGGGCGAUACCUACACCACCUUCAUCAGUGACACGGGCAAGCUGGAGCCGGACAUGAUGGGCGUGGAGCACAGCUUUGAAACAGCCAGCCAUGACGGCGAGGCUGGCCCCUCAGCCGACGCCCUCCAGUAACCCCCACCAAGCCCUCCAUGAG